UCCACAAGUUGUCAUUGUCUAUAGUAGAUUCCUACCCUCCUUGGGAAAUAUUACAAGACAGGGUUUUGCGUGUUCAAAGUUCAAACAGAGAAAACCAAUGAAGUCUUCACACCCAUUCCCAACCUGUGAAGCUUAAUUGGUUAUCUGUUUUGGUUUUUCUCUUGUAUUUUGGUAUUCGUAAGUUUGCUGUGUGGUAAGAGAGGGCAUGGCCAUUACUCCAAGCCAGUAUAUGCCCCCCUCAGUUCCAUACGAUACAACUUGGAGUUUUGAGGCUCAGUAAACGAGGUCCUUUGCAUUGCCCUCUCCAACAUCUAUAAUACACCUUUCCUUUUGCAGUGCAUAUGUUUAUCAAUUGAUGGGGAAAUAAUAAGGGUAAAAGGGCUGAGUGAGUGACUGAUCUGUCUUUGUAUUAUAGGGGUGGCAUUCAAUAUCUGACCCACAUUUAGGACACCUUUUUCAGAAUUUUCAGUUGCACUGCUUUCUUUCACUCCACUGCCACAUAUCCCUCUCCUUUCUCUCUCUCUCUCUCUUUUUCACACACACAAACGCAUAGACACUACUGUUCUUUUCCACCUUCAUUUAUCUUGUAUCAAGCUUUUAGUAUUUAGUUACAAUCCUUUCUUCUGCACUAGUCUUUUUCCCCUGCUGCUGAGAAGAUGGGCAUAACUCAAGUCUGUGUCUCCUGCCACAAAUAUAGACAAAUUACCUUCAUAUGCCUUAUUCUCUUUGCUAUUGUUUUCACGACCCAAGGAAGAACAAUUUCCAGUUUUGUAGAAGUUGCCCCGAAGGAGAUGAGAAUCAUGGUGGCAAAACCUCGGAUAGGGUCUAGACCUCCAAAGUGUGAGAAAAGAUGCAGCAGUUGUGGGCACUGUGAAGCAGUUCAAGUCCCGGUGGUACCUCAAAUAUUUCAAACCCAUAGAAGGAGGCAUUAUUCAUCAGAAAGAGCAACCAAAGCUGUUACUUACUCAUCAAGAGGUGAUGACCUUUCCAAUUACAAACCAAUGAGUUGGAAAUGCAAGUGUGGGGACUACCUCUUCAAUCCAUGACCCAAUUUGGGAAUCAAAAAUUAAUUCAAAAAGUAGUGUGUGAUUUAAAUUAUCUAUAUAUUCCUCCUGACCCCUCCCACCUUGUAUAUUGUAGAUAUUUGGCAAUUAUAGUCCAUAUUUAUGUCUUCUUCUUACUUAAAUAUAACUUGUUUUUUCUUUA